AUGCGCGCAGUCAUCCAGCGUGUUACAUCGGCUUCAGUCACGGUGGACAAUGAGGUUGUCUCCGCCAUUUCUCGGGGACUCGUCGUGUUGGUGGGCAUAGGGACAGAUGACACGACUACCGACGUCGAAACUCUGUGCAAGAAAAUACUGUCAUUGAGGGUCUUCGACAAUGCUUCUGGCAGCAUGUGGAAAGCAAGCGUGAAAGAUCUUGAUGCCGACGUGCUAUGCGUGUCUCAAUUCACAUUGAUGGCAAAUUGCUCCAAGGGAAACAAGCCGGACUUCCAUAGAGCCAUGAGCACCGAACCUUCCCGAAAGCUGUACGCGUCCUUCCUCGAGCGCAUGGCCCAACUCUACCAGCGCCUUUAUGUUCUAGAUGGAAGGUUCGGUGCUAUGAUGAAUGUCUCCCUAACGAACGAGGCACGGUUCAUCAGUUUGCGGCACCCACACUCGGACUGA